CAUAACUCUCUAAACUCCUCCUCUCGCUCCCGGAAACCUCAAAAAUCCAUGGCGAGAACUUUGAUUUCAUCAUCGCCGUUCAUCGGCACCGGACUUCCGUCGUCAAUCUCUCGCCAUGGCCGCAACACGCUAUCUCCUCGUAGGCUCGCCACUACUACGAGAGUCAGAGUCAGCUUCAACGAAAUCCCUCCGAUUCACUCGUUCGACUCCUCCUCCGUCGACUUCCAAGCGAUGAUUAGCAAAGCCGAGAGCCUCCUCUACACACUUGCUGACGCUGCCGUUGCAGUCGAUUCCGCCGCAAACGAUGCUGCUCCUCAGAAGAACGGCGGUUGGUUCGGCUUUAUCUCCGAUUCAAUGGAAUCCGUUCUUAAGGUGCUGAAAGGUGGACUGGAGGCUCUGCACAUACCUUAUGCAUAUGGUUUUGCGAUUAUAUUGCUUACGGUUAUUGUUAAGGUCGCCACAUUUCCAUUGACAAAGCAGCAGGUUGAAUCAACCUUAGCUAUGCAAAAUCUUCAACCAAAGAUAAAAGCUAUUCAACAAAGAUAUGCAGGCAAUCAGGAGAGAAUACAACUUGAAACAUCCCGUUUAUACAGGCAGGCUGGAGUUAAUCCUCUGGCUGGUUGCUUACCUACCUUGGCUACAAUUCCAGUCUGGAUAGGUCUAUAUCAAGCUCUUUCAAAUGUGGCAAAUGAAGGACUGUUGACAGAGGGUUUCUUUUGGAUCCCUUCUUUGGGUGGACCAACUACUAUUGCUGCUCGACAAAGUGGAGCAGGCAUUUCUUGGCUUAUUCCAUUUGUGGAUGGUCAUCCACCAUUAGGUUGGCAUGAUACUGCUGCCUACCUUGUUUUGCCAGUUCUACUUGUUGUUUCUCAAUAUGUAUCAAUGGAGCUCAUGAAGCCUCCCCAGACAGAUGAUCCUGCCCAAAAGAAUACACUUCUUGUUUUCAAGUUCCUUCCCCUCAUGAUUGGUUACUUUUCCUUGUCUGUUCCAUCAGGAUUAUCAAUUUACUGGUUCACAAACAAUAUCCUCAGUACAGCUCAACAGGUAUGGCUGCGCAAAUUAGGUGGUGCAAAACCUAUUGUUAAUGAGAGUGCAAGUGGAAUUAUUACUGCUGGUCGUGCAAAACGAUCAGCUGCUCAGCCAGCACAGGUGGGUGAAAGGUUCAAGCAAAUAAAAGAAGAAGAGAAGAGGAAGAAAUCGACCAAGGCACUCCCUGCAGAAGAAGUUCAGACCUUGGAUUCUGCAUCUGAUUCUGAUGAGGACUUGGGUGAAGAGGCUAAGGACAAGGGUGAGGAGGUCCUGGAAGAGGCAUAUGCUUCCACUGUAAACCAAAAGGUACCUGACAUUUCUCGGCCAAGAAAAAGCAAAAGAUCAAAGCGGAAGCGUGCUGUAUAAAAUUAUACUGAAGGAUCUGUAGUUUACGGUGAGUCCUGUAUAUCGAGAAAAUGUAUUUCUAGUUAAAAUAUGAAGGCUAUUUUUAAGUUGGCUAAUCCAUUUUCAUGGAAAAUAUCUGAUGAGAAACUCCUAAAUUUCACACAAUAUAGGAGGCGAUCAUUUUUUAUAUUACUGUACACCCUGACAUUUCUGUCCAGUAAUGAAAUGGCAAAUUAGCU